AUGAACCUAGCUUUCCACUCAGGUCCGCUGAGAUGGCUCUUUUUCGGGUGUGGAGCAGUUGGGGGAUACUUUGGUGCUCGGCUGGCGCAGAAGAAGCAGAAGGUCAGCUUCAUGGUGAGGAAAGAAACCCUCAGAGUUCUUUCCAGUGACGGCGUCCGGGUGCGAAGCAUUUGCGGUGAUGUGCACGUCCCUCGGGCGGACCUGGACCAGGUAAUGAACACGGAAGCAUUGGACAAGGAACCGAAGUUUGACGCUGACGUCAUUGUCCUCGCCUGCAAGGCCUGGGAAGUGGAAGGAUGCUUAAAGAUGUGUCAGCCCUGGUGCGGGGCCAAUACGCUUGUGCUGCCGCUUCAGAACGGCGUCGAUGCUUUCAGCACGGUACGAGGCAUUGUUACGUCGUGGGGGAAGGGCCGGCCCUUAGUGGGCUGGUGCAACAUCGUCGCCGCCAUCCAGGAGCCUGGCAUUAUCAAGCAUUGGGCCGCAAGCCCACCCUGCAUCUACUUUGGUGAGUUUGAGGGCGCUCCAUCAUCGAGGACAAAGCAAAUGGAGUCUAUCCUUGCUUCAUGCGACGGCACGGCAGUCUCAUUGGAAGAAGAUGCGCUCUCGAAAUGCUGGGAGAAAUUUUCCUUCAUCUGUGCGACGACGGCGGUCCAGGCAACUGCCGGACCUACCGCCACGCAGGAUCUGAUCCCGCAGGUCCCUGAGCUUGAGCAGAUGUGGCGCUCUGCAAUGGAAGAGAUCAUUGAAAUUGCCAGGAAGAGCGGCAUUGACUACCAGCAGUCCUGGAUGGACAAGCGCAUCCCCGUCCUGCGAGAUGCCAUUGGUGCUACAACCAGCUGCAGUCGCGAUAUUUGGGCUGGCAGGCAAAGCGAGCUGGAAGAUUUGCUUGGCUCUGCACAUCGCAUGGGCCAAGAGAAGGGCGUUGAGACGCCAGUCAUUUCUACUUGCCUUCGAGCACUGUUGGUGCGAGAUCGGUUGGCAAGAAGGGAAACGACAUUGCCGAUUUAUCCCAUGCUGGAGGGCCAAAAAAUUCUUGGGACCAUCUGCAACCAUCGAGGGCAGCAGCUGCCUGCAGAUCGAACCCUGGAACAGAAGAAAGCAGAGGAGUACUUGAGGCCCGAGUGGUUCGUGUGUCCCAUGAGCUCUGCUAUUGCUUCGGGUGGCCAAUGCGAAGUUCCGGAAGGUGGCCAAAUGCUUUGGGAGGCAGAGCUCGGCGUCGUUAUUUCGCAUAGCUGCGAAAAUCUUUCGCCGGAACAGGCGAUGGACUAUGUCGGUGGCUACUGCAUGGUACUGGACUUGACUGCAGGAAAUCUUGGCUUCGAAUCCAUGAAGUAUGGCCACUCUUGGACUCGAAACAAGUGCCAAAACACGUUCAAGCCAGUGGGCGCUUUCAUUCCUGCAUCAGAACUUCCAAAGCCAGAGUCUGUACGAGUGCUUUGUCGUGUGAAUGGGAAGACGGUCGCACAAGAUGCGACCGACAGGAUGAAGUUCAGCAUAGCGCAGCAGGUUGCCGAUGCCAGCGAGCUGACACCCUUGCGAAGAGGCGACAUACUCCUGACUGGUGCAGGCUCACUGGGCCCCCUUGCAAUUGGUGACGUGGUUGAGGGAGCCAUUGAGGGUCUGGACCCAAAGUACACUGUGAGCGCUACACUGGUAGAGCAGCCGAAAAGGCGGAAGAUACAUCACUCGAAGCUUUAA